UUCCUCUCUUCCUCAAUUUCGAUCUCCUAUAAAUUCAAUCCCUUCCAUCCCCUCUCCCAAACAGUCACUCACUACUCCCACAAUAACCACUAACUUCAAACUUCUUCUUCAUCAUCAUCAUCAUCAUCACUAUCACUAUCAAACCAUUACCAUUUACCAAUGAUGCAUCAUUGUUGCAGUAGCUCUCAAACAACAUGCACAUGCGGCAUGUUUCAUCCUCAAACCAUGCUUUUCUCUAACUACCAACAACAACAACAACAACAAUAUCAUGAUGAUCAUUACGAUAAUCAUUAUGAUGCUUACUCUUACUCUACACCUUCAUCUUCUGUUGAUUGUACACUCUCUCUUGCUACACCUUCUACCCGUUUAUCUGAAGAUCAAGACAAACAAAACCGUCGUUCUUCUUCGAUUACUAAUUUCUUUUGGAACAAGAAUCCUUCUAAAUCUAAACAAAAUUCUCAAUCUCAAAACAAAAACCGAGGAAAUAAUAUUGGUAAUAACUCUAACAAUGAUUCUCUUCUUGCUCGUCGAUGUGCUAGCUGUGACACCACUUCUACACCCCUUUGGAGGAACGGUCCUCGCGGCCCAAAGUCACUAUGCAAUGCUUGUGGGAUUAGAUACAAAAAAGAAGAAAGAAGAGCAAAUGCUGCAAACGUUAAUGCCACGUCAGCAGUAACAGCAAGUGGAGUAAUCGAGUCAGGGCAAGUCUACAGCAACAAUUCCUGGUACGCACAUCAACAGAAUCAAAUGUAUGGAAAUGAAUUACGUUUUAUGGACGAUUCAGAUGCAGAAUCAGAAAAUGGAAUUCCAAAUUUUCUUUCUUGGAGACUUAACACAAGCCUUGUUCAUGAUUACACAAGAUGAUGAAUGAAUGAAUGAAUGAAGCAAUGUUGUUCUUAAUAGUGAGUACUACGUUAAUAUAACAAAAAGAAGACAAAAGGAUGAUGUAGAUGUUUUUGAUUGUGAUGGUUAUGUUAUGGUCUAGUCAACGUUAUUUUACUUUUUUGACCUUUUUCUUUUUGUUCUUUGGUUCUUUUCUUUUUUCUGUCUUGCUUAAGAUGGAGAGAGAAUCAGAUUAUUCUAUAUAGGAAUAGGAGUAUGUUCUUAACUUCAAUUAGUUUUUUCUUUUGUUUUUAAUGUAUUUUUUGUUUGUUUGUGCUCUAUCAUUAGUUAACUUUUCUUUCAAUUACUUGCUACUUCGUAUC